AUGACGGAACCAAGCAUCACACCACUGAAACAAAUGCAAGUUUUGACUGCAAAUCCACAAGGGGAAGCUCAGAUAUUCCCAUGGCUGAUGUGGUAUGUGUGGAAAGCAAGGAAUAAUAAGUGUUUCAAUGCGAAAGACAUCUCUCCUCUGGAUACGAUUCAGUUAGCUAGACAGGAAGCAGAGACGUGGAGGAUUGCGCAAAUAGGAGAGAAACUGGAUGAGACAGCUGAUGAUAGGCAAACGGACCAACAGAGUAGAACCCGAGUUACGUAUGUCGCGGAUAAGAGAUUUAGGUGCCAAGUAGACAGCUCCUGGUCUGACAAGGACGACUGGAUGGGUAUGGGGUUCGUACGUACAGAAGGAGAAGUUGCGAUAUUGCACGGACAAAAGUGUGCCCCUCGUACACAAGCACCAAUAAACGCAGAAGCUAGUGGCCUUAUUUGA